CUCCUCUCUGCUCCCUCCACCGGAGAAGACAGACCGACCUCCUCCAUCACCAUGACAAUGGUUUACAGCCAAUCUCGGAUGAGCACAGGCGGCAGCAUGGCCGGUGGCUUUGGUGCCGGCGCUGCCAUGGGCCGCAGGGCGUUCAGCAUGGCUGGGGGAACUGGCAGCCUCAGGGUCUCCCAGGCCAGCAGGUCCUUCAGUGCUAGCGGUGCUGGUGCUGGUGCCGGUGCCGGCUUUGGAACCGGCUUUGGCUUCGGUGGUAGUGCCGGUGCCGGUGCCGGCUUUAGCUUUGGUGGCGGUUCCGGAGGCGGCUUCGGCGGAGGAGCUGGGGACGACAGCGUGAUUGGCAACGAGAAGUUCACCAUGCAGAACCUGAACGACCGCCUGGCCACCUACCUGUCCAGGGUGUCAGCACUGGAGUCUGCCAACGCCGAGCUGGAGCUGAAGAUCCGUCAGUUCGUCGAGUCCAAAGCGGGUCCUUCCACCAGAGACUACAGCGCCUUCUUCGUGACCAUCAAAGAGCUGCAGGUCAAGAUCCUGGAUGCCAUCAUGGUCAAAGGAACCGUCAUGCUGAGCAUCGAUAACGCCGGACUGGCUCAGGACGACUUCAGGAUGAAGUACGAGAAUGAGCUGAACAUGCGUCAGUCGGUGGAGGCCGACAUCGCCGGGCUGAAGAUGCUGCUGGGCGAGCUGGGCGUUGCCAAGACCGACCUGACCAUGCAGAUCGAGGCCCUGCAGGAGGAGCUGGUGUCCAUGAAGAAGAACCACGAGGAGGACCUGAUGUCCAUGCGCACUCAGAUGAGCGGCCAGGUAAACGUGGAGGUGGACGCUGCCCCUCAGGAGGACCUCACCAGGGUCAUGGAGGAGAUGAGAGAGUACUACGAGACCGUUGCCGCCAAGAACAACAAAGAGCUGGAGGCCUGGUUCCAGGGAAAGUCGGAGGGCCUCAGCAAGGAGGUGGCCACCACAGAGAUGACGCUGAAGACUACGACCACGGAGGUGAAGGAGGUGAAGAGCCAGCUUCAGGCUCUGGAGAUCGAGCUGCAGUCUCAGCUCAGCAUGAAAGCAUCGCUCGAAGCCCAGCUGGCUGAGAUCCAGUCUGGCUACGCCAGUCAGAUGAGCAGCUUCCAGAUGCAGGUGUCCAUGCUGGAGGAGCAGCUGGUGCAGCUGAAGGCCGACCUGGAGAGACAGUCGCAGGAGUACAACAUGCUGCUGGACAUCAAGACCAGGCUGGAGAUGGAGAUCGCCGAGUACAGGAGGCUGCUGGACGGAGAGGGCAGCGGAUCCGUCGCCAUUUCCUCCGGUUUGUCCUCUUCGUCCUCCACGACCUCAACAGUCACCACGACCGUCGUCACAAAGGUCGUCGAGGAAACCAUCUGAGCCAAUCACACGGCUGUCUGACCGGGGGCGGAGCCACAUCUUAACCUCUCACCUUCCUUCUCAGCGUCAAGCAACACCUGACCAUGAAACUCUCUUGUCUUCAUCACUUCGUCUUUGAGGAGAAAAUUCCACAUUUUCUGUUUUUUUUGUUGGGAAAGCUUCAGCGUUGUCCUGUUUGGUUCUUCAACAAAUAAAACUCAACUAAAGUCCACGAA